UUCGGUGGCGUGCGAGGAGCUAGGUACUUUUGAACCUUUAUUACUAAGAUAGGAAUAUGUCUGAUAAUUUGCAUUGUGCAGUCGGAACUGAGGCUGUCGAGCAAAUACUUUUAAACAUGCACUCCGACAGCAUCGUUUUCCUCAAACAGCUCGGGCAGCGAUCGAUGACAGAUUAUCGCAAAAUCACAAAGUCAAACACGAGUGGCACGAAGUCGAACACGAGUGGCAAAAAAGGGUCGACUCAGGCAUCGUUGCACGACGUACUGUUUCUGUCUUCAUCUUCGUCGAGCAGCAUUAAUACUAGUCCUACUGUCAAGCCUUUGCAAAGCGAGCCUGCUGUCGCGGCUGAGAAUAAGAGUGAUGGGAACUCUAGUAGCUCGAUCAUUUAUUCUGAUCUGAACUUUGAGUCUAUGCUGAGUGAUAUAAGGUCUGUAUAUGAGAUAAUGCUGGGAAGUCUCAUAGGAACUAACGCAACCAAAAGAAGAGAAAAUCAGUCAAAAGAGGCCGAGAUAAUUGAGCAAUCGCAGCCAUCUGACGAUUUCGAUCUAACAAGCGACGAUCUGCGCGAACUUACGGCACCUAUUCUGCCGCAGUCUGAUUCUGCUAAACUUGAUAUAUCUAGGAAACGGAAGGAUACGAAUGACGAGGUUGAGUUUGAUAGGAUGGGUGCAAAGAAGAGGGCGUGUACGACAUUUAAAAUCGGCGAUGGCGAUUUGGACGUGAUCAGAGAUGUCAGCCCCGCGACGCCUUCAAAGAUCGCGCAGUCAAGAAAAGAACCGAUGACAACAACAUCUCCUGCGCGACUGAAUCGCAAGGAACCUGUUUUCAGAAGUACCUAUACAGAACAGCACCCUCCAUCUUCAUCAACCUUUUCAACCUCGCUCGCCGCUCCAAGCACUUCACCAUCCGCAGACUCCACGAGCCGAAGACUAACAACCGACAGUAGCUCGAUCAUGGAUAUCUCUAGCACAUACGACGCCGACGCGUUCUUCAAAAUGAUGGAGAAUUUACGCACAGAACGGCCCCAGAAAGUAGACGCAUGUGCUUCUGCGUCUAGUCGCAAUAACGCGAGCUCGACAUAUGCUACUGCGACUACACUCGACACUCCCCAACAGCCGACACAGCUCGAUAAAACAUCAAAUACACAGAGGCAGAACGAUUUACGUACUCCAGUCAAGUUUGCAAAGUUGACUGAUUUUCUGCAAGAAUACGUGGAUAUCGUUGAUCCGUAGAAGGAAGUUGUUUGAGUUCUACUACGCGCGAUACGAUUCUGUGAACUGUAAUAUUAUUUGCUAGACGUAGUCUUCCUUGCUCUAAAUCAUCUCAAUAGUGAUAUAAAUAU